UUUCUCUUCCCCACUCCGGAUUACCUUGCCUCUUUGGGAUCUCUCUUUCUGCCUAGCUUCUCUCUCUAAAAACCGCCACAUACAGUCAACAAAGAACAAUUUUUUUUGUUCAACCGGCGUUUUUGAUUGACAAACCGAGUGGGCUUUGCUUUGUUUUUUGUUUUCUGGGUAUCUCAAGGCCUUUUUCUUCUGUGUUGACGAAGAGGGUUUGAAUUUUUCUCUUUUCCUUCCUCAGCGCAGCCCUUCCGACUUCAAAGAAAAAAAAAAAAAAACUGGUUUUUGGUCCAAAAGGAGAGGUGGGUUUUCUCGUUUGAUGCUAUAAACUCGAAAAAGGGUUAGAUUCUUGAAUAGCCAUGGCUUGUUCAUUGAAGACUGGUCUGUGCAUUUCUGGGACGAUGGAGGCUUCUUUCAGGCCCAAAAGCAAAGGGGUUCACGAGUCAUGUGCCUCCUUUGGGUCUUUAAAGUUCAAAGAAUCUCUUGUUCUGGGUAGCAGAUUUACGGGAAAGCAUGUGUUUAUCACGGAUCAGAAAUGUUUAAGAGAUUGGAGUUUCAAAGCCCCAUACAAAUUCUCUGUUCAUGCACAAGCAUCAAUCUGCGUGAGCCGAGCUCUGAGAUGGUGGGAGAAGACUCUUAAAACCAACAUGGUAGAGAUCCAUUCUGCACAAGAGCUCGUCGAUUCCUUACUGAAUGCAGGGGAUAGAUUGGUGGUUGUUGACUUCUAUUCGCCUGGUUGUGGAGGCUGCAAAGCUCUGCAUCCCAAGAUCUGUCAGCUGGCUGAAUUGAACCCAAAUGCAAUUUUUCUCAAAGUUGAUUAUGAAGAACUCAAAACUAUGUGUCACGCUCUCCACAUCCAUGUCCUACCAUUCUUUAGGUUCUACAGAGGUGCAGAGGGCAGGGUUUGCAGCUUUAGCUGCACCAAUGCAACUAUCAAGAAAUUCAAGGAUGCAUUGGCAAAGCACGGCGCCAAUCGAUGUAGUCUCGGCCCUGCAAAAGGCCUAGAUGAAUCUGAGCUGCUGAAGUUGGCAGCAGUUGGUGAGAUACCUCUGAAUUUACCAUUACCAUCUUCCAAGGGUGAAGUAAUGGAGGAUUCGGCCCUGAAAGGCGCUCAUAUGUCUGGUUUCUGGGGCAAAGCAGGUAGCAAUAUGGAACUUGAAGAAGAGAGUGCGAUAUUGAAGGUCUGAAAGAAACGCCCACUUGAGCUUUCAAUAUAAAUUAGCUAUGGAGAAAAGCUGCUGCAACUCCAUAUUUUAUUUUUUCUUUCAUAUGGAUUGGUAGUUUGGUAUUGUGGUUGUAUAUAAUCAUUUUUGGGUUUUCCAUAAGCAGGCUCUUGGUUUUUGGAUCGAGCCCUGCCUCGACAGCUAUGGUGAAUCUGUAAUAGAAUUGGAUAUUGUGAUCCUGAUUUGAGGAUAAUAUCAAUUCACAUCCCUCUUGAUUUUUGUUCUGUUC